AUGGGGGCCACCAGCGUCGCGCCUCAGCCCGCCGCCGCGCUGCCGUUACACCAGCACACACACACCUGCCUCGCUGUGGACAGCGCCAGCUUCGGUGCUGUCUCCGGCACGGCAGCCGCGGCACGCAACAUAGCGCGCGCGUACCGCCUACCUGCUGGACGUUCCCGGGGGCGGGGAUUCUUCGCACCUCUUCGUGCGGCUAGUCGUACGAGAACUCCAGAACCUGUUCUACGGAACAUGGGCGGAUCACUUUCUGGAAUGCAGAAAAUAGACCGAAAGGUCUUCGAUAUGCGGUUGACAGCAAAGAGGCUUGGUCGUCUUGCAGUCAAGCACCAACGUCUCGCUGAACAGGAAAAGGAACGGACGCGGAAAGCGCUUUCGAGCGGAAACCUGGAAGCGGCACGCACGCACGCCGAAUCAUCUAUCCGCAACAACAAACAAUCCAACGCAUACUUAAAACUACAAGCUCGGAUGGACGCUGUUGCGGCACGAAUAGAGUCGAGUCAGAACUUGCGUCUCGCCACGGGGAAUAUCACGGCGGUGUCGACGCACCUGAGUCGAGCUGUAGAGCGAAUGGACUUGGAAGAAAUCGCGAGCCGUUUAGCGCAGUUCGAGCGCAUUAUGGAGGAUAUGGACGUGCGUUCCACAUAUGUGGACGAGACCAUGCGUACUGUGGCCGACGUCGGGGCGCCACGCGAAGAGGUGGACCGCUUGAUUCAGAGAGUCGCCGAUGAGUACGGUCUCGAGCUUGCCGAUGCUUUGGCUUCACCAGGGUUGACUGCGCUCGAUGCCACACGUGUUCGGCGAGCAGACGAAGAGCGCCGGAGGCAACGUCGUCUAGACGAGGAAGAGCGCGCACGACUAGAGGCACGGUUCGCGAAGCUAUCUGCGCCGGCACCCUGA